AUGGUCCUCGAAACCAAGCAGCCGAUACUAGACCAGAUGAAGAAAGCUAAGGAGGCGAAACCGCCGACCAGCCCCCUGAUCUUACAGCUGCUGAUCCCUAAAGGGAUGGCACAGAGCACCUUUCAGCUGCCUGUGGUGGACGCUGGAACCCGCGAGUUCUUGCCGCUGGACGAGGAGGUCAACAGACGGCUGUUGAAGCAAAUCGACUGGUCGCCGCCCGGCUCUGAGCCUCUAACAAGAGGGCUCCGCCCUUUGAAGACAAGGCUGUUCGCGAUGAGGGCAAAGGGAGAUGGGAACUGUCUGCCUCACGCUGUUUCACUGUCGCUGUGGGGCCAUGGAGACAACACGCUGGUACUACGGUCGUUGUUGAAGGAAGUCUUCCAGGACAGGCCCAGCGAGGCUAUCUUGUUUUCCGUUUGGUGCAAGGAGCAAAAGCGGGUAAACGAGGCGGCCGGAGGAAGCGCCUCCAUCAAAAUGACAGCCGGCGAGUUGCAGGCGGAAUGGCGCAUGCUCAUGGAGGCAGUCAAGACGCCGUCAGCCCACCUCUCCUCUUUCCACGUCUUCGUGUUCGCCCACGUCCUACGACGCCCGAUAGUGGUCUACGGGGAAACAUAUGUUUACGGUGCCAACAACAGCGAGGCGUUUGUUCCGUCUGACAUGCCCGGGAUCUACCUCCCGACUUUGCAGCACCAAGACAAGUGCUACAAGUCAGCGAUUGCGGUGGCUUACACCUGCCCCGUUGUCGGUAGGGCUGGCCACUUUUCUCCUCUCGUCGGGAUGUCCAAGCAGCUGAAAUAUCUUCCCUUGGUAGACGAGCACGGAAAAAACUUGCCCGUUAGGUAAGCAUCGUUGGGUUGAAGUGGCCCGGUAUCGGUGGCAUGCUGGGGGCGGACAGGGGAUUAAUAACGUGGCACUGCUGUUGCUGUAGCAUGUCGACCUU